AUGCCGAAAGCGGAUACCUCCUCAAUACAAAUCAGGGGCGGUCAACCAGGCGUGGCGGGCGCAGCGCCGCAGCAUCUGACGGGGCGGAAGGUCUACAGCUGCACGACGUGCCGCUCCCACACCGCGGACCACGAGGAGAUCAUCAGCAAGGCCUUCACGGGCAGGCACGGGCGCGCCUUUCUGGUGGCGCGGGCGGUGAACGUGCAGUGCGCGAAGCCGGAGGACCGCAACCUCAUGACCGGGCUGCACACGGUGAGCGACGUGCACUGCGCGUGCUGCAACGAGGUGCUCGGGUGGCGCUACGAGAUGGCCUACGACCCGUCGCAAAAGUACAAGGAGGGCAAGUUCAUCCUCGAGAAGACGAAAAUCAUGAAGGAGGGAUCGUGGUGA